AACGAUUUAGAUUCUUAACCGUAACAUUUCGAAGUCGAGCGUUGAGAGAGAAGUAGACGAUUACAAGGGGCUCAGCUAGAUUAGGAUGUCUGGUAAACCGGUGCUCCUUCAAGUAUGGAGGACAUAAAUCAACAGCUUCAUGAGGCAGCAAGAAGGGGUAAAAUCAAAAGCAUAAAAAAACUGCUAAAAAAGGGUGCCGACAUAAACCAGACAGACCAAGAUGGAAAUACACCCUUACACAUGGCGGUCCAGUAUGGCCAAGAGAAUGUCAUCGAGUAUCUCAUAAAUUACGGAGCUGAUGUGGAGAAGGCGACUCCAGAUGGACAAACACCCUUGCAUAUUGCUGCAGCACUUGAACGUCUUCAGGCAACGAAAGUUAUACUCAGUCACGGAGCUGAGGUCAAUAAGGAAAAGGAUGAUGGUUGGACUGCAUUACACGGUGCUGCUCAGAAUGUCAAUAAGGAAAAGGAUGAUGGUGUGACUGCAUUACACAGUGCUGCUUAUAAUGGUCAUAUUGAUGUCACCAAAUAUCUCAUCAGUCAAGGAGCUGAGGUCAAUAAGGGAAUGGAUGAUGGUUGGACUGCAUUACACAGUGCUGCUCAUAAUAGUCAUAUUGAUGUCACCAAAUAUCUCAUCAGUCAAGGAGCUGAGGUCAAUAAGGGAAAGGAUGAUGCUGAGGUCAAUAAGGGAAAGGAUGAUGGUUGGACUGCAUUACACAGUGCUGCUAAGAGUGGUCACCUUAAUGUCACCAAAUAUCUCAUCAGCCACGGAGCUGAGGUGAAUAAGGAUGAUAAGUACGGUAGUACUGCAGUUCACAGUGCUGUUCAGGAGGGUCAUUUUGGUGUCACAAAGUAUUUGCUAACGCAAGGUAUAAAUGUGAAUAUAGGUGACCGAAAUGGCUACACUCCCUUGCACAUUGCUGCUAUGAAUGGUGACCUCGAUAUUGUUAAGGUCCUGCUUGAGGAAGGAGCCCUAGUUGAUGUACAGGAUGCCCAUGGACAGACCCCAAUGCAUCUAUUUUUAAAGAAAAUCAAUGGGAUUCUCGAUCACCGUGAUGAUGAAGCAUUGACUGCUAUUUACCUCGCCACUCAAAAUGGCUACACACAGGUUGUCGAAUCGCUGGUUUCCUAUGGAGCUUCCUUGAACAUCCAGUCGCACGAUGGAAAGACCUGUCUUCAUGAAGCUAUCAUACUUUCUGAUCACACGAGCAGAAAAGAGCAAACAAAAGCGAGACACCAACAGAUCUCAGAGGACUUCUCUCAGCACGAGCUUUCCCCUGACAAGACUUUGGUUUUAUACCUUCUGGAGCACGGCGCAAAGCUGGAUAUAAAGGACGGUCAAGGCAAACUACCAGUCCACUAUGCUAACAAUGAAGUUAUCCGACAGAUUAUAUUUUCAAGGUAG